AUGUCUAUGCUCCCGGGGCCCAUGGCCGUGACCGCGCCAACGGAGCAAGUUCGUGAGACCGUUUCAUCCCCCGAGGAUAUCGACAAAAUGGUCCAAGCCAAGACUCACCCUGGUGUACUGCAACGCCAGUGGGGGUUGGAAGCCCGCCUAGACCCCAAUGUCACCUUUGAGGAAUUCACAUACUGGGCCAAGAUCGAGCGCGAAUUGGAAGAUGAGGAAUAUCGCCGGUUCCGGGCGGUGGAAUCAAGUGGUAUUCUGGGACAUAUCAAGGGAUACUUCGGCAAGAAUGCCUAUGAGGAUGAUAAGGUCAUCAACUCGCGGAACUUGCAGAGUCAGGAAGAGACAUCUAAGUGGAGCGAAAAGCAGUUGACGGUGGCUACCAACAAGGAUGAGAACGGCAUCAAUUCAAUUCCCCCGUCCGACACCCAUGAUCUGGAUGCCGAAUGGCGCACCGCAGCCCGAGCCCUGAAGAACGCCAGUUGGGGUGCUGUUUUCUACCUCAUCACCACAGACAUCCUCGGCUGGAGUCAAACUCCGUACGUGUUUUCUAACACGGGCUACGGACUCGGAGUAGGCAUCUUCGUGCUCAUGGGCCUCGCUGCAUUUGCUUCGGGAAUGAUGAUCUGGCGAACUUUCCUUGCCCUUGAUUCUUCGCGAUUCCCUGUGAUGAGCUUCGGUGACCCUUUCUUCCGUCUCUAUGGUCCCAGAAUGAGGCAUUUCAUCAACUUCAUGCAAUCCUUGCAGAUGUUCUUGUCGGUUGCUGUUGUGCUGCUGGGUAACACUGGUAUUAUCGCUCAGCUUGCGGGAAGUGCCAACCUAUGCUUCGUGGUUUGCGGUAUCAUCUCACUUGUCGUUGGCAUGGCUAGCGGCUAUAUGCGAUCUCUGAAACAUCUUGGCUGGUUUUGUAAUUUCUCAGUGUGGAUCAAUAUUGUCACCUUCGUCAUUAUUUGCGUCGCUGCGGCUAAACACGGCCCCGAUCCUGCUGCUGCUGUCCAGAAUGGAGUUCUCAACAAAGCAUGGGCUACCGUUGCUACAAUGGCACCGGUGAAAACGUUUGUCAACACCCCACCUGCCGAGUAUCAGCCGACCGACACAAACCUUUUCGCCGCUCAAUUCAACGGUAUUAACAGCAUGGUUUAUGCUUACUCGGGUGCGGUCAUGUUUGUCGCUUUCCUAUCUGAGAUGCGACGCCCUAUGGACUUUUGGAAAGGACUCCUCAUGGGUCAGACCUUCAUCACUGUGGUCUACGUUUUCUUUGGUGCUUUCAUUUAUAACUACUACGGUCAAUAUGCUUAUUCCAACGUCAACCAGUCUGUCUACCCCCUGAAUCUUCAGGUUGUUGGCAAUGUGUUGUCCCUAAUUACCGGAUGGCUCGCUGUCUUCUUAUAUUUUAAUGUUGGCAUGAAGACCGUUUAUCUUGAGGUUGGCCAAGAAAUCUUCAACUUGCCACCAAUUGCAUCCAGGAAAGGAAAGUAUAUCUGGUGGGCUCUGGGACCUAUGUAUUGGAUCAUUGCCUUUGUCGUCUCCAUGUCGAUUCCACAGUUCAGCGCGUUCACAAAUUUCGUGGGCGGACUGUUCAGUCUCAACUUCACCUACUCGCUCUCAGGGGUUAUGUAUCUGGCAUAUAAGAUUCAAGAUGGUGCCAGGCUUCCUGGAGAGGGCUUUGAUCCUGCUACUGGCGAGACCGUCCGGCUCGACGGUGGAAUCAAGCGAUGGGUUCGUGGGUUUGUCAAAACCUGGUACCUGAGUAUCCCCGUCCUCAUUUACACUGGCUGUGGUCUUGCAACAUCUGGUAUGGGUACUUGGGCUGCGGUUUCUGCUUUGGAAUCGGCCUUUGGUCCUGGUGGCUCCGUCGUCACAUCUUGGACUUGUGUCAACCCCUACUACAACCCUUAG